CACUAUACUGAAUCCCGACGCGCAGGGAUGCUGUAUACAUACACACGGACGAACAAAUCGGAUAGAAUUGUAUAACGCAUGAAGGAUUUUGUAUUUUUGGCUUUGGCACUGCUAUGCACAGCAGUGACCAAUGGCCAGAAUCUUAACUGUAACUUUGAUAACGACAACAUAUGUGCAUGGACUCAAGUGAAAGGAACUGAUAAUGCUGAUUGGCAAAUACGUCAAGGACCAACGCCAUCUCAAUGGACAGGACCGCCAAAUGACCACACAACCAACAGUUCCAGUGGCUACUACAUCUACUACGAGGCUAACAAUGGUAACAUGAACGACAAGGCACAGUUGCAGAGUCCACGGAUUUCAGUAACUUCAGGACAGAAAUGCCUCAGUUUCUGGUACUACAUGUACGGCCCAAGUGUUAAUGCACUGAAUGUAUACCUCAAGUCAGGGAACAAUCUGGGCAAAGCGGUAUAUCACAGGGAACGCACACAAGGACAGAAAUGGAAUCAAGCCACUGUUACUAUUUCCAACAAAAGAAAUAUACAGGUUGUUAUUGAAGCAGUCAGGGGACGUAACUAUCUCUCUGACAUUGGUGUAGAUGACAUACUGUACACCAACGGUGCCUGCGGACAGCCUGGAAAUGUGACACCCCCACCAGGUUUGUCAGGCACUGUAACCUGUAAUUUUGAGACCUCAACUAUAUGCGGAUACAAGCAGUCGAGAGGGGAUGACCAGUUUGACUGGACGUGGACCUCUGGACCAUCUCCCACUCCUGGAACUGGACCACCCAAUGACCACACACAACAGUCUGCUGGAGGUCAUUACAUGUUGAUGGAAGCUAAUGGACGCAGACAGAAUCAGAAAUGUAGACUGCUCUCCCCUGUGACAGUCAGCAAGCAGCCUAUUUGUUUACAGUUUUACUACUAUAUGUAUGGAAAUAAUGUCAAUAAACUCAGUGUUUACACCAAAAUUAACGGGAGAGUUGGUGCUGCUGUGUGGUCUACAAGAGGUAACCAGGGAGCUACAUGGCAAGUUGGACAAGUCACUUUAAGCCGAGGGAAUAGUAAUUACCAGGUUGUGUUUGAAGCUAUCAAAGGCAAUGGUAAGUUAGCAGAUAUUGCUAUUGACGAUGUUGUCACCCACAGUGGUAGAUGUCCCAGUCCGGGAACAUGUAACUUUGAGAAAGGACUGUGCACAUGGACAAACUCAAAGGGAGAUGACUUUGACUGGAUACAAAGAACAGGAGGUACAAACACCCAGGGGACAGGUCCCACAGCUGAUCAUACUCUUGCAUCAUCACAAGGACAUUACAUAUACAUUGAGGCCAGCUCACCAAGACGACCUAAUGACAAAGCUCAGCUUAUAAGCCAGACCUUUAAGGGAUCAAACAGGCCAAUGUGUUUUCAAUUUUGGUACAGUAUGGUAGGGGCCACUAUUGGUUCCCUCAAUAUCUACAGGCAACAGGUCAGUGGCCAGAAUACAGUAAAAACACUGAUGUGGUCAUUGUCUGGGAACCAGCAGCAGCCAUGGAUACAGGGGAGGUUUCACAUCAUCAGUAGGUCUAAUUACCAGAUUGUAAUAGAAGGUGUGAGAGGAAAUGGUAUCACAGGAGAUAUAGCCUUAGAUGACUUGACAACACAAAUCAAUCGCAACUGUGCAUUAACACCAAGAACAGCACAACCUACUUCAACUACUGCUGCACCUUCAACGACACCUACAACAUCAAAAAGUCCUGCCAGUACAACUGCGCAUGUGAAAACUAAUACAGUCACGUGCAAUUUUGAUUAUGAUCUUUGUGGCUGGACACAGCUAAAAUCUGACCAGUUUGAUUGGACAAGACAGAAAGGUGGAACUAUAUUACCAGGGACUGGACCAACAGGAGAUCACACCUCAGGCAAGGGAUACUACCUGUACACUACUGCCUCAGUAAGAUAUGCCAAUCAGACAGGGCGAAUUGAGAGUCCCCAGAUCAGACCGCAAGGAAAGUCACAGUGCCUGACAUUUUGGUAUCACAUGUAUGGUCCAAACAUAGGUGAGAUGAGACUUUAUGUGAAGUCAAGACCAUCACUUGGAAAGCCACUGUGGAAGAGAGCCGGAUCAAAGGGUAACCAAUGGCUGCAGGGAACUGUGACUCUACCUAGCUCAGGAACCUACAGUCUUGUAUUUGAAGCUGUUAAUGGUUAUGGUUUCCGUGGUGACAUGGCUCUGGAUGAUGUCACUCUGCAGUCAUGUGCAGGGAUCUCAACACCAAAACCUGGUGCCUCAGUCUCGCCCUCUACUGGUAACUUGAAUGGAAGAACCUGCACAUUUGAGCAGACAAGUAUUUGUGGUUAUACACAAGAUAAGACGGACAAUUUUGAUUGGAGAAGAGACACCACAGGAACCGUCACUCGUGGCACUGGACCCAGUCAGGAUCAUACUUAUAAGACAUCAAGAGGACACUACAUGUACAUAGAGACCUCAGCUCCACGUAAGCUUAAUGACAAAGCAAGACUUAUGUCUCCAGCUUAUCAGGACAGCAGUGACAUAUGCGUAAGGUUUUGGUACCAUAUGUAUGGCAAUGGUAUAGGAACACUCAAUGUAUAUGCACAGGUUGGGUCGAAUCUUGGACUUCCUGUGUUUACUAUGACUGGUAACCAAGGCAACAAGUGGAUUGUGGGUAGUGCUUCCAUUCCACAGAGUACUGCUUCACAAGGGUACAAGGUUGUGUUUGAGGGGGUCAGAGGAACCAAUUACCGUGGUGACAUUGCUAUAGAUGAUAUCUCAUUUACUGCAGGAUCUUGUGGAAAUCCAGGAAGUUGUGAUUUUGACACAAAUCUGUGUACAUGGAAGAAUGUUCGAGGUACAGGAGACAGCUUCGACUGGACCCAGCAGUCUGGCAAAACUGCCAGCGGUACAACAGGACCCACAAAUGAUCAUACACAGGGAAACAACCAAGGGAAGUAUAUGUUCAUUGAAACAUCAUCACCAAGGCGACCGGGAGAUGUAGCAUGGUUGGUCAGUCAAGUGUUUCAGCCGGCCAGUACUGGACAAUGUGUGUCAUUCUGGUACAAUAUGAAUGGGCGGACUAUUGACAGCCUAAAUUUAUAUGUCGUACCAUCAGGGUCAGCAAAUAGGACAAUCUGGCAUCUAUCAGGAAACCAGGGUGCGCAGUGGCUUCAAGGUCAAGCUCCUAUACCAAGGUUGGGAAAGUCCUACAAAGUUGUGUUUGAAGGAGUAAGAGGGAAGUCUUAUUCAGGCGAUAUUGCUAUUGAUGACAUUUCAUUUACAACUUCUACAUGUGGAGUGCGGCCGGCAACAGCAGUACCUCCAGCUCAGACAACAGUAGCAUCAACAGUUUCCAUGGCAACAGCACCACCCAGUCAGGCAAAUUGUAACUUUGAUUCAGGACUUUGUGGCUGGAAACAAGAUAAGACGGAUGAUUUUGAUUGGUCACGAAAGAAGGGUUCAACAGCCACAGUAAACACUGGCCCAACCGCAGAUCACACCACUGGAUCUGGUUACUAUGUGUAUAUAGAGACCUCUGGACAUAGUCAAGGUAAUAAAGCCCGCUUGAUCAGUCCUCAGAUACCUCCCAAUCAGCAGGGACAGAAAUGCUUCACCUUCUGGUACCAUAUGUAUGGUCAGAAUGUUGACCGGCUAAGUGUAUAUGUACAGUUUGGACUCUCACUGCCUUCAUCUGCUUUCUGGACAAAACAGGGCACACAGGGGAACCAGUGGAAGAAAGCUAGCCUUACGAUCUCAGCCUCGAAGCCAUUCAAUAUUAUACUAGAAGGAAGAAGAGGAAAUAGUUACCGUGGGGACAUAGCUGUAGAUGACGUUUUAGUUGCAGAUGGACCAUGUUCAGUAAGUCCAACAUCAAAUCCUCUGGGUAGUGCCAAUAAUACACAGUGCGAUUUUGAAUUAAGCUCUAUUUGUGGGUUCACUCAGGCACAUGGCGGAGUUGAUAAAUUUGAUUGGACAUGGGAUAAACAGGGUACCAGUAGUACAGGAACUGGUCCUAGAACUGACCACACACUGGGAACCGGAAAUGGACAUUACAUGUAUAUUGAGGCCUCAAGUCCAAGAAAACAAGGUGACAAGGCUCGUCUGUUGAGCCCAAUAUACAACCCAUCAAGUCAGCCAUCGUGCCUGAAAUUCUGGUAUAAUAUGUAUGGUAGAAGCAUGGGCACCCUCAAUGUAUAUACAGUCUUAAAAGGGGUCUAUAGGAAAGCCUGGUCAAGAACCGGUGACCAAGGUAAUAAAUGGAAUAUUGCAUCACUUACUGUACCAGCAAGCAGUGGCACAUGGCAGAUUGCAUUUGAGGGAAUUGUGGGAAAUGGUUACCAGGGUGAUAUUGCAAUUGACGACUUCAGUGUGACACCUGGCAGUUGCUCAGGAGCUAAGUCAUGCAACUUUGAUAAAAAAAAUCUUUGUACAUGGACGAAUGACCAUGGUCAUGAUCAGUUUGACUGGCAGCUGAGACAGGGGUCAACACCGAGUGGACAGACAGGACCAACAAGUGACCAUACUCAGGGAAAUCCACAAGGGUCCUACAUCUUUAUUGAGGCAUCUAGUCCAAGGAUUACAGGAGACAAGGCUUGGCUUGUCAGUGAGGGAUUUUCCACAGGGUCACCAAACUGCCUGUCCUUCUGGUAUAACAUGAAUGGUAACGGUAUUGGUGCUCUGAGAGUGUGGGUGUGGGCUCAGAAUGGGGCUCAAACCCCUAUUUGGGAGCUGAAAGGUAGACAGGGUGCAAGUUGGCGUCAGGGCAGAGUCAACAUUCCAGCACAAACAAUGCAAUACAAGAUAAUUCUGGAAGGUACUAGAGGGACAAGUUAUCUUGGAGAUAUAGCUGUGGAUGAUAUCAGUUUUACCAACACAACCGCAUGUACAAGAGCACCCCAGAAUUCUCUAGCAUCAGUUCCAGCUGUGACCCCCAAGGCGGCCACAACAACAAAACAGACAACACGUACAACACCAAAACCUGCUGCUGCGACAACACGGAGAUCUACUGCUAAACCUACAGGGGGUAAUGGAUAUCCAUGUGACUUCUCAUAUGACACUUGUGGCUGGACACAGGACAAGACUGAACAAUUUGAUUGGUCAAGACACAAGGGGAAGACAUCCUCUACAGGAACUGGACCAUCAGGGGAUCACACCACUGGAAGUGGUUACUAUGUGUAUAUUGAGACAUCUGCUCCAAGAAGAAAUGGAGACAAGGCCCGCCUUAUAGGCCCGUCCCUGCAGAUAUCAGCAGUGCAGGCACAGUGUUUCUCAUUCUGGUACAACAUGUUGGGAGGAAAUAUCAAGGCUCUCAAUAUAUAUGUGAAACGGGGAAACAGCCUUGGUUCCCCUGUGUGGACAAGGUCCGGUACCCAAGGAGCAAACUGGAAACCAGCACAGAUAACAGUGUCUGGGCCAGGACCUAUUAGAAUUGUGAUAGAGGGUGUAAGAGGUUCCAGUAUCCGUGGUGAUAUUGCUAUAGAUGAUACCAACAUAACUGCAGGAGCUUGUCAAAGUUUGACCUCCCCUGCCCCAAGUGGAUCCCCAUCAGGGCAAGCUUCCCGGCUGUCAUGUGACUUUGAGAACAGUAAUGUUUGUGGCUACAGCAAUGCAAGAGGAGAUGAUUUUGAUUGGACAAGAAAUGCUGGUUCCACAGGUUCUGCUGGUACUGGACCAUUUGCAGAUCACACACUGGGUACCAAGUCAGGUCAUUAUUACUACAUUGAGACAUCAAGCCCAAGGACUAGCGGACAAAAAGCUAGACUUCUGUCACCAUCUAUCACAACAACAAGCCCACUAUGUGUUUCUUUCUACUACCAUAUGUAUGGUCGAAACAUUGGCGCACUGAAUGUGUAUGUCAGCCAACCGGGUAAUGCACUUGGAGUACCAGUCUGGACCAGGAAAGGGAACCAGCAAAAUAAAUGGACAGUAGGACAAUUCACAAUGAAUUCUGGACAAAAUACACAGCAGCUUGUGUUUGAAGGAGUUGUGGGUAAUGGUUACCAAGGCGAUAUUGCCAUUGAUGAUGUAUCCGUGAAGACAGGUGCUUGCGGAGGACAAGGUGCAUGCAACUUUGACCAGAACAAUCUCUGCACAUGGUCCAAUGUAAAAACAACCGACACUUUUGAUUGGACGUUUCAAAAAAGAGGAACACCCUCAUCUGGCACUGGGCCGACUGCUGAUCACACACAGGGAAACGGAAAUGGAUCCUAUAUCUUCAUUGAAACAAGUAAACCACGACACAGAGGAGACAAAGCCAGGCUCCAGAGUGCAAUAUUCAGAGCAACUGGUUCCUCUGUGCAAUGUCUACACUUCUGGUACAGUAUGAAUGGUAGAAGUGUUGGUACCCUGAAUGUUUACCUCUCACAGAAUGGUUCCAUGGCUACACUGUGGUCUCUCACCGGGAACCAGGGAACUACCUGGAAGUCUGCGCAAGUGUCAGUCCAGAGUAAAACACAAUAUUCAAUCAUAUUUGAGGGUGUGGUAGGCACUAGUUACCUAGGUGACAUUGCACUGGAUGACUUGUCAUUCUCAAGUGGCAGGUGUUCAUUGAAUCCCUCUAAAGCAAGACCAGCAGGGGCAACAACUCCUCCACCAACAACAUCAGCAGCUACACCUGUUGUUACAGCUACUUCCUUGCCUAGUUCUUUCAACUGCAACUUUGAAAGUAACACAUGUGCAUGGACCCAGGAUAAAACGGACAAUUUCGAUUGGACAAGACACCAGGGGAAAACAGCCUCGACAAAUACUGGACCAUCAGCUGAUCACACUACAGGACAUGGAUAUUACAUGUAUAUUGAGGCAUCUAAUUUGCGACCCAAUGCCAAAGCUCGUCUAUUAAGCCCAAGGGUUCAGCCCCAGCAAGGACCAAGAUGUCUAAAAUUCUGGUAUCAUAUGUAUGGAGCCCACAUCAACACUCUCAAUGUGUACGUGAAGUCAGGAUCCAACCUGGGUAGUGCUGUUUGGACACGUAAAGGAACUCAGGGUAACAGAUGGUUCCAAGGAUCUAUCGUCAUAAAUACUACCGCUGGCUAUAAUGUUGUAUUUGAAGCUCUUAGAGGCGUUAAUUAUGCUGGAGACAUAGCUAUAGAUGACAUUACACUGGCUAAUGGUGCAUGUGCAGCAACCAAUCCCACACAGGGACCUGGUAGUACCGUGCUUAACACAUGCGACUUUGAGAGUAACCUGUGUGGCUAUACAAAUGACAAGUCAGGGGACAAUUUUGAUUGGACGAGGCAGACAGGAGGAACUUCCUCGCGUAACACUGGACCCAGCUCUGAUCAUACACUAGGAACCAGAUCAGGUCAUUAUAUGUACAUUGAGACAUCAGCACCAAGGAGGCCAAAUGACAAAGCUAGAUUGUCAUCCAAGACAUUCACAAAAGGCACGAGCGAUGAAUGCCUCAAGUUUUACUAUCACAUGUAUGGCGCAAAUAUUGGAAGGCUCAAUGUCAAGUUGAGGGUAAACAACGCAUUAGGUGCUUCUGUGUGGACGAAGUCUGGUAACCAAGGUAACAAGUGGAAUCUAGCUGUUGUUACCAUUCCGGCCAAUAAAUUGACACAGAAUUACCAGGUGGUAUUUGAAGGAAUCCGAGGCUCUGGUGUAUAUGGAGAUAUUGCCAUUGAUGAUGUUACCUUGUCAGUAGGAGCCUGUUCCUCAUCAGCAUCAGGUGGCUGUACAUUUGAGAAAGGAAGAUGUACAUGGACAGAUGUUCAAUCCGGAGAUAAUUUUGACUGGAAGACUGGCUCAGGUCAAACCACCUCAUCUGGUACAGGUCCCUCCACGGAUCAUACACUUGGAAAUGCACAAGGACAUUACCAGUAUUUGGAAUCCUCAGCUCCUCGGAGAACUGGGGACCAGUGUUGGUUAGUAAGUCAACAGUACCCGCCGACAAACGGUGCAUGUGUCAAGUUCUGGUACAACAUGAAUGGACCCAAUAUUGGCACACUUAAUAUUACCAUUCAGUAUGCCAACAAUAAGAACCAGACAGUAUGGUCAGUCUCAGGUGACCAUGGUGACAAGUGGCUGAGUGGUCAAGCACCAAUCAGAUCCAAUACGCCCUAUCAUGUAGCCAUUGUUGGUGUACGAGGCAGCGGUUACCAAGGAGAUAUUGCUUUUGAUGAUGUUUCAUUCACUAAAUCUAUUUGUGGUGAAAUGGAAUAUCGUUUUGUAUUUACAAUAUUUUAUUUUUAUCUCUUGACAGUCCAGCCAAGUGAAGCGAAGGUUAAUGGCAGUACAGUGCCACCAGCAGUAGCCUCUACACCAGCAACAACACCAGCAACUGGCGCCGUAGACUGCAACUUUGAUUCAGGACUGUGUGCAUGGAUACAGGAUAAAUCGGACAAUUUUGAUUGGAGGAGAAAUAAAGGCCGCACUUCAAGUUCGCUCACAGGCCCGCAGGCAGACCAUACAUCUGGAAAUGGCUACUACAUCUAUAUUGAGACAUCAUCUCCGAGGAAGUCUGGAGAUAAAGCAAGGAUCAUCAGUCCACAGCAAGUACCUGGCACCACGUGUCUCUCCUUCUGGUACAACAUGUACGGUCAACAUGUAAAUUCCCUCAAUGUGUACGUAAAAACAAAACCUAGCCUCGGAACUCCAGUAUUCUCUCAGAGGAACACUCAAGGCACACAGUGGAAACUGGCGCAGAUUGACUUAAAUCCUGCUGUUAACUACCAGCUUGUGAUAGAAGGUGUGGUAGGCGGUGGUUACCGUGGUGAUAUUGCAAUUGAUGAUGUCACGAUGAUUCAAGGACAGUGCGCCUCUGCCCAAAACAACCCAUUGGCUUGUGAUUUUGAAAGUAGCAGUAUAUGUGGCUAUGUACAAGACCAGGGAGGAGACAAAUUUAAUUGGACAAGAGGCUCUGGUUCCACAACAUCAUCGGGAACAGGACCCAGCAAUGAUCACACAUAUGGAACUAGAAAUGGUCACUAUAUGUUUAUUGAGACAUCAGCACCAAGAAGAUCAGGAGAUAAUGCUAGGCUGACAUCUGGCACGUACACGCCAAGCACUGCCCCACAGUGUCUGGAGUUCUGGUACAAUAUGUAUGGUGUAGAUACUGGAACACUCAAUGUAUACUUCAAAUCGGGAAGUGUUUUAGGAUCACCCAUGUUUACUAAACAAGGUAAUCAAGGUAACAGAUGGAUAAGGGCUCAGGUUGGACUGCCAGCAAACGGCCAGCAAAUCUCGGUGGUAUUUGAGGGUAUUAAAGGAAGAUCUUACAGAGGAGACAUUGCUAUAGACGAUGUCGUACUAAAACCAGGAUCUUGCGGCCAAGCCCCAGGCAACUGUAACUUUGAGGUGGACACAUGUUCGUGGAGUAACUCUCAGAAUGACACAUUUGACUGGCAACGUGGCAGCGGCUCUACCACCUCGACAGGAACCGGACCAUCCAGUGAUCACACCUUCGGGAAUAGGACAGGUCAUUACAUAUUUGUUGAAUCUUCUUCUCCAAGACGACCAGGUGACAAUGCGAUCCUGCAAAGUGCCACAUUGUCUGCUGCCACAAACUGUGUAAAGUUUUACUAUAAUAUGUAUGGAACAGAUAUUGGUACCCUAAAUGUCUGGGUGGCUGGUAAUAAAGUAUGGUCAUUGAGUGGGAACCAGGGAACUGGUUGGAGGCAGGGACAAGUCAAUGUUGGACAGAGCUCCUCAUACCAGGUGCUGUUUGAAGCAGUACGAGGGAACAGUUACCAUGGAGAUAUUGCUUUAGAUGACAUUACAUUUGUGACCCAGUCCUGUACCCUGACUCCCUCCACUGCUGACCCGUUGGUAUCUGCAACCCCACCAGUAGCGGUAACAACCUUGGCUCCAGCAGUUAUACCCUCAGGUUUCGCGUGCAACUUUGACUCGGGCACGUGUAGCUGGACACAGGAUAGAACUGACGACUUUAACUGGAUAAGGCAGAGAGGUGGGACUACUUCAGGAAAUACUGGGCCAUCUAGAGAUCAUACAAGCGGAAGUGGAUAUUACAUGUAUAUUGAGACAUCUUCUCCAAGAAAGCCAGGCGACAAGGCUAGGCUUAUCAGUCCAAAAAUCAGUGGAGCGUCACCAAUGUGCUUGAAAUUCUGGUACCACAUGUAUGGUACCCAUAUCAAAAGUUUGAAUAUCUACCUAUCUCAGGGUGGAACACUGGGAACCGCAGUCUGGACAAGAAAUGGGAACCAGGGUAACAAAUGGAUACAAGGGAAUUUUCAGAUUCCAGGUGGCAGUGCAAGCUCACAAGUUACAAAUGUUGUGAUUGAGGGAGUACGAGGUGUCAGUUACCUUGGUGAUAUUGCUGUUGAUGAUGUAUCUCUCACAGGUGGACAGUGCACAGGAUCUCCAACAACUUUGUCAUCACCUGCUAAUUGUAAUUUUGAGUCAAAAAGCCUUUGUAACUAUAUACAAGACAAAACGGACAGAUUUGACUGGUCCUGGCAAGCUGGCAGCACAAGAUCUACAGCCACCGGUCCAGCAAGUGAUCAUACUUAUGGAACAGGAACAGGUCACUAUGUUUACACUGAGGCAUCGGCACCAAGAAGAACAGGUGACAUAGCACGUCUCUGGACACCAUCUUUAACAUCAGCCAAUAGUGGUUGCAUUUCAUUCUGGUAUCACAUGUAUGGAAGAAAUAUGGGUACCCUCAAUGUCUAUGCUGUACGCAACUCUACUAACCCAACCCUCGGAAAUCCACUCUGGUCACGUAAAGGAACAGCCGGAAACAUCUGGAUUCAACAAUUUGUUAACCUGCCUUCAUUGUCCAAUUUCAACGUUGUAUUUGAGGGUGUAAGAGGAAAUGGACCCUACUCAGAUAUGGCAAUAGAUGACGUGAAGAUGUUAUCCUCAUGUCCACCUCCAGGAGAUUGCAACUUUGAGUCGGGACUCUGCAGCUGGAGUAACUCAAAAACGGACAACUUUGACUGGGUCAUUUUGUCUGGGAACUCUACAGGCACCAAGCUACGUCCCACUGGGGAUCACACCUAUGGUGCUAAACAAGGACGCUAUCUAUAUAUUGGAGAUGGAAGUGUAACUACCACUGGUUCCCAUGCUGACUUAAUCGGGCCAUCAAUGCCUGCAACCAGUGCUAGUGGUGUGUGCGUUCGAUUCUGGUUCGUCUUCUCUGGGUCAUCAAGCAUUGGAAGCCUAGGGGGAUGGGUUAUACAGGGUGGUAACAGUUCAAAUGCCUGGAAGCUUUACUCUCAGCCUACCAAUGCCGGGCAGGGUCAGUGGACCCAGGGUCAGUUCCCAGUGGUCAACCGAAACAAUUACCAGAUUAAGUUCCAGUUUACAAGGACAGCCUCUGUGCGAGGAUAUGUAACUCUCGAUGACAUUACUAUAACUGCAGGAAAAUGCCAAACAAGUCCACCUGAAGCUAUGACAGGAGUACAGACAACAGCUUUCCCUACUAGCUCAACAAUAGCAACUGCUACUCAAGCACCAUCUAAAUAUGACUGUAAUUUUGAAAAUGGGUUGUGCACAUGGACACAGGCUCGAGAUGAUCAAUUCGAUUGGACAUUACAAAAAGGCUCCACCCAGUCUGGAAGUACUGGACCUUCAAAUGAUCAUACUUAUGGAAAUUCCCAAGGACACUACAUUUUUAUUGAGGCGUCAAGCCCACGGAAACUCAACGACACAGCUCGUAUUGUAUCAGCACCAGUCACGGACACCUCUGUCAAAUGUUUGCAUUUCUGGUAUCAUAUGUAUGGAACGCAUGUGAAUACUCUCAAUGUAUAUCUGAAGUCUGGAACUUCUCUCAGCUCUCCUGUGUGGAGCCACACUGGUACACUAUCCAACAAGUGGUACAGUGGAAAUAUCAAUAUUAAGGGUACAAGACAGUACAGCAUUGUGUUUGAAGGAGUUAGAGGAACCAGUUACAGAGGGGACAUUGGUCUGGAUGAUAUAUCAGUAACCACUGGCUCUUGCACAGGUGGCAGCUCAACCUGUACAUUUGAAUCAAGAUCUAUAUGUAACUACCUCCAAGAUAAGACUGAUGACUUUGACUGGACAUGGAAAUCUGGAGGCACUAGUUCCACGGGCACUGGACCCCCAGCUGAUCAUACUUAUGGCACCAGGGCAGGGUCCUAUAUUUACAUUGAGGCCUCGGCACCAAGGAGGACUGGUCAGAAAGCACGUAUAUUUUCUCCAUCACAGCCAGCUACCACAGGAGCCUGUGUGUCAUUCUAUUACCACAUGUAUGGUGCAGAUAUGGGAACUUUGAAUGUGUACGCUCGAACUGGAAAUGCAAUUGGUUCACCAAUAUUAUCAACAAUGGGUAACCAUGGCAACAAGUGGUUGAAGGCCCAGGUUUCAGUGAGAUCAUCUUCAAGCUGGCAGCUAACAUUUGAGGGUAUACGAGGGAAAGGAAUCCGAAGUGACAUUGCCAUAGAUGAUGUCAGUAUCUCUAACGGUGCUUGUAUUGGCGCUGAUGGCUCAUGCACAUUUGAGAAAGACACUUGCUCCUGGAGGAACACUCGCACAGGGGACGACUUUGAUUGGCUCCGAAAACAAGGAAAGACUGGAAGCACUGGAACAGGCCCCACAAAUGAUCAUACAGUUGGAACAUUCCUUGGUCACUACAUGUAUAUCGAAACAUCGGCUCCAAGAGUGGCUGGCAACAAAGCCUGGCUUGUAAGUCAACAGUUCAAUCCUACUAAGGCCACCCAGUGUGUGUCCUUUUGGUACCAUAUGUAUGGUCGUACUAUAGGUUCAUUAAAUGUUUAUGUCAAUGCUUCUGGCACACCAAAGCAAGUAUGGACUCAAAGUGGAAACAAGGGGAACAACUGGUUACAAGGACAAUUUCCAUUAUCAGCAGUAGCCUCCCUUUACACAAUAUAUUUUGAAGGAGUGAGAGGGUCGUCAUACUCUGGAGAUAUUGCUCUGGAUGACUUCUCAUUUUCACAAUCAUCAUGUGGAUAUCAACCUUCAAAUGCUAAACCAGGCAUGAUUAGCACCACCCCACAAAGUAGCACAGUUUUACCAACAUUCCAACCCCAGUCUAAGUAUGACUGCAGUUUUGAAAAUGGGAACUUGUGUACAUGGACUCAAGAUAUGACUGAUAACUUUAACUGGACAUUGGCCCAGGGACCAACAGGCACCAUGCUUACUGGGCCACUAGCCGACCAUACUACAGGAACUGACAAGGGAUGGUACGUCUAUGUGGAAACUUCAUCACCAAGGAAACCAAAUGACAAAGCUCGCCUUCUGUCUGCUCAGGUUCCCACGAGAACAGCCUACUGUCUUAAGUUCUGGUAUCACAUGUACGGGCCUCAUGUCAAUUCACUCAAUAUUUACAAAAAGACAAAUUCUCUCGGAAGUGCUAUCUGGAGAAAGGUCGGCACACAAGGCAACCAGUGGAAAUCUGGUCAAGUAAAUAUUCCAGCAUCCACCUCUUCCUAUAAGGUUGUAUUUGAGGGCGUGGUUGGACCUGGUUACCGUGGUGAUAUAGGACUGGAUGAUAUUAGAAUGGUGUCUGGACAAUGCCCCAAUCAAGGUGGAGUAGCAUGUACCUUUGACACGGAUACUUGUGGAUGGACACAAAGUAAAUCGGAUGCUUUUGAUUGGACAAAGAGAGCAGGCUCCACCUCCUCCAGUGGAACUGGCCCCACCAAUGAUCAUACAACAAAUACACGCUCUGGAUCUUACAUGUACAUCGAGUCGAGUUCCCCAAGACGACCUGGACAGAAGGCAUGGCUUGUCAGUCGCCAGAUUGGUUUAACGGCACCUCAGUGUCUGAACUUCUAUUAUAACAUGAAUGGCAAACAUAUUGGCAGUCUGAAUGUAUAUGUAAAGACAGGGGCCAUGUUACCAUCAUCCCCAGUCUGGACCUUGUCUGGACCCCAGGGUCCCAAAUGGGCAUUAGGACAAGCCACAGUCCAAGCUAACAUGCCAUAUAGGAUUGUGUUUGAAGGUGUGAUAGGUAAUGGUUACCAAGGUGAUAUAUCCAUAGAUGAUGUAUCCUUGUCAAAUUCAGCUUGCAAAUCACCAGGGAACUGUGACUUUGAAAGUGGAUUGUGCACAUGGACAAAUCCUGGUGCUGUUGAUGACUUCGACUGGGUACUUGGACGUGGAUCUACUUCUUCACAACUCACUGGACCAUCGGCAGAUCACACCCUAGGCAAUGCUACAGGCCAAUAUGUGUUCAUUGAGGCGUCAGCUCCAAGGAAAACCGGAGAUCGUGCCGACCUUUACAGUCUGAAGUUUGCCCCCACCCAGCCCAGAUGUAUUAAGUUCUGGUUCAACAUGCAUGGCAGCAACCUAGGCAGCCUCAGUGUGAUGAUUGUCCCAGCAAACAGCACAAACACUAGCACAACAAUAUGGCAGCUCGGACAACAAGACAUGGGUACUGCCUGGAACAGCGGACAAGUUGCUUUCUCAAGCAAAGUUCCUUUCUUUAUUGUAUUUGAAGCAGUGAGAGGCAAUGGUUACCAAGGUGAUAUUGCUCUAGAUGACAUAUCGUUCACAAAUUCCCCUUGCCAGACCCAACCAGGACAAGCGGUCACAUCUGGAAAGCUAACUACUUUCUACCCACCAGCUGGAUCCACUACCCCACCCACAGUGCCUCCCUCAAGACUAGACUGCACAUUUGAGAAAGGAUUCUGCCAGUGGACACAGGCGAGAGACGACAAUUUUGAUUGGACAAGAGCAAGUGGUCCAACCUCUUCUUCACAGACAGGACCUUCAAAAGAUCAUACACUUGGAACAGCACAAGGACAUUAUGCAUUCAUUGAAACUUCAACACCUAGAAAACCAAAUGACACAGCUAGACUCAUUAGCCCGUCCAUUGCACCACGUCUCAAUGCUCAGUGUUUAAGAUUCUGGUACCACAUGUAUGGCCCUGACGUCAACACACUAAAUGUGUACACCAAGUUUGGGAACCAGUUGGGAACUCCUGCCUGGAGCCGUACUGGAACCGUCAACAAUCAGUGGCAUUUCCAAACUGUUGAUAUAACAACAAACAAAGGAGCUUCUUUCCAGAUAGUAUUUGAGGGUGUUAGGGGCAUCAGCUACCGUGGGGAUAUUGCUAUAGAUGAUAUUACAUUCUCAACUCAACCUUGUCAGCAGACAUCCUUUACAAAGUGCAAUUUUGAGCUUGGGCUGUGCGGAUACAGGCAGGUAAAGACUGAUGUGUUUGAUUGGUCAAGAUCUAUUGGUGGAACAUCUUCCUCAGGAACAGGGCCCAGAAGUGACCAUACAUAUGGUACAAACAGAGGCCAUUACAUGUACAUUGAAGCCAGUUCACCUAGAGUGAGAGGAGAUUCUGCACAACUUGUCUCCCCUAGUUACUCUUCACCAAGAGGAGGCUGUCUCAACUUCUGGUACAACAUGAAUGGCCGUAGUAUGGGUACACUAAAUGUAGUUCUGACAAGGGGAACCAGUCAAAGACGCAUCUGGACCAAAUCAGGGAACCAGGGACUUGCUUGGCAACUUGCUCAAGUAACAGUUCCACAGAGUUCUAACUACACCAUCAUGUUUGAGGGACUUGUGGGUACUGGUUACCAGAGUGAUAUAGCAAUUGAUGAUAUUUCCAUAAAUAGCGGUGGAUGUACAUUGCCUGGCAACUGCAACUUUGAUGAUGGAACAAUGUGCACAUGGACCAAUCUGAGAACGGACAAUUUUGAUUGGCUGAUUGGAAGUGGAGGUACAAAUAGCAAAUACACUGGACCACAGAAUGACCACACCCAUGGAGAUAACAAAGGAAGGUACAUAUUUAUUGAGGCUAGUGCACCAAGAGUGAGAGGAGAUACUGCACGUGUUACAAGCCAACAGUUUAACCCGUCAACCGGCAGCUGUAUGAAUUUCUGGUACCACAUGUAUGGUUCUGGUAUUGGCCAGUUGUCUGUGUACCUGGUCACUGGCACCACAAACCAAACGUUGUGGAGACUAACAGGAAGCCAGGUCUCAACCUGGCUAAACGGUCAGAUUGGAAUUAAAAGCACCAAACCCUACAGGGUUGUGAUAGAAGGUGUGAGGGGAAGCUCCUAUCUCAGUGAUAUGGCCAUUGAUGACAUCUCAUUUACAGGAUCUUACUGUUCAGUGCAACCUUCAGCGGCAUCACCAAUUGGACAGACGACAGUGGCCACAACACCAGCUGCUGUUACUACAGUUACAGCAGGCUCAACACCAACUCCCACACAGUAUGACUGUAACUUUGAGCAAGGUUUCUGUAAGUGGGCCCAAUCUCCUGAUGACAACUUUGACUGGACCAGAACACAAGGACCUACAGGUUCCUCUUCAACAGGGCCUACAAAUGACCACACCACAGGAAAACCAAAUGGAUGGUAUAUCUUCAUUGAAACAUCGGCCCCACGUCGUCCCAAUGACACAGCCAUCAUACAGACCCCAGUGAUUCAAGAGACUCAAACUCGAUGUCUCAGUUUCUGGUACCAUAUGUAUGGUACCCAUGUCAACAUGCUUCUAGUCUACCUUAAAGCAGGUACUGUACCUGGGCUGGGAACCAAUAUAUGGCGACGAACUGGUGACCAAGGUAACAAGUGGAUUCAAGGGGAGGUCACUAUAUCACCAUCUUCUGCUGGAUACAAGGUUAUUUUCCAAGCCCUGCGAGGAAUUAGUUACCGUGGUGAUAUUGCACUUGAUGACAUCAGAAUGUCAGUAGGAACAUGUAAACAAACCAACACAGUAUGCGAUUUCGAACAGUCAACACUUUGUGGCUAUGUACAGGACAGAACUGAUACACCAAACUUCGACUGGACAUGGAAAUCCGGUAGGACCGGCUCUAGCGGUACCGGACCACCGGCUGAUCAUACAACUGGAACCUCUUCCGGACACUACAUAUACAUAGAAACAUCAUCUCCUAGACGACCUAAUGAUACAGCCAGGAUCAUUACUCCUUUUUAUCAGCCACAGAGUGCUGGUCCACAGUGUUUAAAAUUCUGGACACACAUGUAUGGAGUAGAUGUUAAUACACUAAAUGUGUAUAUAGUCACCAGCUCGCAGCCAUCAGUAAGAAGUCAAGUUUGGGCAAGGUCACUAAACCAGGGUAAUGCUUGGAGGCAGGCGUCCGUCACUGUGAACCCAGGUGGACAAUACAAGAUUGUGUUUGAAGGAGUGAGAGGAAAAGGUUACCAUGGUGAUAUAGCAAUUGAUGAUGUUUCUAUUUCAAAUGGUGCUUGCAGUGGACAAGGGGACAAGUGCAACUUCGAAAAAAAUACGUGUUUCUGGAAAAAUAUUAAUCAAGGUGAUGAUUUUGAUUGGUUACGAUCUCGCGGAAAGACAGGCAGUUCGUUUACUGGGCCAAGUGUUGACCACACACAGGGAACUACAUCCGGUUACUACAUGUAUAUUGAAACAAGUGCACCCAGAGUGAAGGGCGACAAGGCACGACUGAUCAGUAAACUUUAUUCGCCGUCCGUCCCUAAAUGUUUUAGCUUCUACUUCUACAUGUACGGUGCUGAUAUCGGCAAUCUCAAUGUGUACGUGUUGACAAAUGCGUCAUCCUCUACAUUCUCGACAGAAGCUUUGAAGUGGAGCAUGAGUGGACAGUACUUGGCUCCAAACAAGUGGGAGCUUGGGCAAUUCAAUCUCACCUCACAGUAUACUUCAAAACCAUACGAGAUCAUAUUCGAAGGAAUAAGAGGUAAAGGUUACAGAGGAGACAUUGCUAUAGAUGAUACUUCAUUAACUAUUGGAAGUUGUACACAAUAUCCAGAUAGCUCCUUGCCAAGUCAAGCAAGCCUAGGUUCCAUUACAUGUAACUUUGACUCUGAUUUCUGCCAAUGGACUCAAAGCACUACAGACCAGUUUGAUUGGACUCGCACCAACGGCUCCACCCCCAGUCAGGGUACUGGCCCACUAGGAGACCAUUCUCACACUGGUCAAGGGUCAAUAUAUGGUCAAGGAUCGUACAUUUAUAUUGAAGCCUCUGGAACCCACAGACCUGGAGACAAGGCGGAUCUAUUGACACCUGUCAUACCUAGCACAUCCUCUAAGGGAAGAUGCUUUUCUUUCUGGUACCACAUGUAUGGUGCAUCCAUCGGUACAUUAAGCAUCUACAGUAUAUCAGGAGGUAGACAGACUGUACUCUGGACAAAGUCAGGAACUCAGGGAAACAAAUGGCAACAGGCGAGCCUUAAUUACGCCAGUAAAACUGAUUUCAAGCUCGUCAUUGAAGGCACAACGACAGGUGGUUACCGUGGCGAUAUUGCUGUGGAUGACGUAUUCCUUGAGACAACACCUUGCGCUAAUUCUACAGUCGUCAAAGGAACAAAGACUUGCACAUUUGAAUCUGGACUAUGUGGUUGGACGCAGGACAAGACAGAUACGUUUGAUUGGACACUGAAUGGAAACAAGACAGGUAGUACUGGCACUGGACCAGCCUCUGACCACACCUAUGGAACUGGACAAGGACAUUAUUUAUACAUUGAGGCAUCAGCUCCGAGAAAAACAGGAGACAAAGCACGUAUAAUGACACCAACAUACCCAGCCACAUCGGGAGAAUGUGCCCAGUUCUAUUACCACAUGUACGGUACAGGCAUGGGAACACUGAUUGUUCAUACAAUGUCUAAUGGGCAGAUAACUGGCGAUAUCUUCACAAUGUCUGGUAACCAAGGAAACAAGUGGAUUCUGGGACAAGCUACAGUCCAAAGUUCAUCUUCCUAUCAACUUGUGUUUGAAGGAAUACGAGGAUCUACCUACAGCAGUGAUAUUGCCAUUGAUGAUUUUAAGAUCACACAGGGACCGUGUCCUGCCCCAGCUUCAUGUAACUUUGAAAAGGACCUUUGCGGAUACACUAACAUUCGCGGGGACCAGUUUGACUGGACUCGAGAUAAUGGUGGUACCCCAUCUUCAACAACAGGGCCUCACAAUGACCACACUACAAAUUCUGCUGCAGGAUACUAUGUGUUUAUUGAGACAAGUGCUCCAAGGAGAGUGGGAGACAAGGCGUGGCUGAAGAGUGACCAGAUAACACCAACUACUGGCUCAUGUUUAACAUUCUGGUACAACAUGUAUGGAAAAGGAAUCGGUGACCUGAAUGUUUAUCUGAUGACAAACCUCGGUCCACAGCAGACAGUAUUUAACGUGAGUGGCAACAAGGGUGACAUCUGGAUCAAAGGGCAGGCAACUCUAGCAUCCCGACAGAAAUUCUACAUCCUGUUUGAAGGGGUCAGAGGCAAAGACUUUAACGGAGACAUUGCCUUGGAUGAUAUCAGCGUUGUACCAGGAAGCUGCGGAUCACAGCCGACAGGUUCUACACAAGCCCCAACACCAUUUACAACAGCUAUUCCAGUCACUCAAUGCACAUUUGAAUCUGGAUUAUGUGGUUGGUCACAAGACACCACAGAUGAUUUUGAUUGGACAAGACAGAAAGGAAAGACAUCUAGUUCUAAUACUGGACCCAGUUUUGACCACACCACAAAGAGCAGUAAUGGCUAUUACAUAUACAUUGAAACUUCACAGCAUAAGGCCAAUAACUCUGCACGUAUCAUUAGUCCUGCUGUUACAACCCAGACAGCAACUUGUGUUUUAUUCUGGUACCACAUGUAUGGCUCUGACGUCAGUAUACUUACCAUGUACGUGAAGUCAGGUUCGAGCCUAGGAAGUCCAUAUUGGAAUAAAAUGGGUACACAAGGUGACCAGUGGCGUUUGGGUCAGGUAGAACUUGGUGCCCUUUACAAUAAACAGAUUGUCUUUGAAGCACUAAAAGGCAAUGGUUACCAAGGUGACAUUGCGCUUGAUGAUAUUACCAUUACAAAUGGUGCAUGUCCACCACCUACUGUGUGUGACUUUGAGGAUAAGACAAUCUGCGGCUAUCAACAAUUGGUGAAUGACGACUUUGAUUGGACUUGGAAGUCCGGCGCUACAGGCUCUGCUAGGACAGGACCAAUGUCAGAUCAUUCCUAUGGCACUACAGAUGGUCACUACAUGUAUACUGAGACAUCAGCUCCACGGAAACAAGGUGACAAGGCAAGACUGGCCAGUAAGACAUACCCCGCUACUAACAAUCAGUGUCUCACAUUCUGGUAUCACAUGUACGGUAGUAACAUCGGCACACUGAAUGUUUACACCAGCUCCUAUGGUCGACUUGGCACAGCUAUUUGGUCACUGUAUGGUAACCAAGGCAACCAGUGGCGUAAAGCACAGAGAACUAUUCAGACUGCUACAAAAUAUCAGGUUGUAUUUGAGGGGAUUCGAGGCUAUGGUUACCUUGGAGACAUUGCAAUAGAUGAUAUUGCAGUGAAUCCGGGUGCAUGUCCAGGCGUUGGUACAUGUGACUUUGAGAACAGUCUCUGUGGGUGGAUCCAGAGAAGUGACGACGUUUUUGAUUGGACAAGAAAGAGAGGCAGUACCCCAUCAGCGAAUACCGGACCAACAGUUGAUCAUACACUCCAAACAACUACUGGAACAUACCUGUACAUUGAGACCAGUUCUCCAAGAAAGCAGGGAGAUAAAGCUGUAAUACAAUCACAGGAGAUACAGAUCAACCCGAGUUAUUGUUUCUCAUUCUGGUAUUUCAUGCAUGGCACCUCCGUGGGCUCUUUGAACAUUAGUUACCAGUUACAGAACACACCAACAACAACACAGGUCUGGAGUAUGAGCGGUGAUCAGGGCAGUAUCUGGAAACAGGCAAAUGUUGAUAUCGGAAAUACACCAGGAACCUUCCAUAUAUUGGUUGCAGCAGACGUUGGUAGCAGUUACCUUGGUGAUAUUGCAGUAGAUGAUUUUAAGCUGGAUCAGACACCAUGUAGCCUAGUAAAUAAGAAUGGUUCUUUUGACUGUCAAGAUCAGAACCAUACCAAAAUUUCAUCAAACAAAGUUUGUGACUUCAAAAUGGACUGCCCUAGUACAGACAGGGAUGAGAUGACAUGUGGUGAUUGUGACUUUGAAAGUAACACAUGUGGCUGGGUUGAUACAAGUGCUGGUGCCCAACAAUGGAUGCAAGGCAGUAAUGGUUCAACAACUGCCAAUAUGGGCCGGGGACCAUCUUUUGAUCACACACUUGGCAAUGGCAGAGGACACUAUGUUUACAUCAGUGGAUCUACAGGAAGUUUUGGAACAGUAGCCGAGGCUGUGGGGCCCACACUCCAAGCCUGCAGCUCAACCUGCCAGGUCCAGUUCUACUACCAUAUGAUGGGAUCAGGUAUAGGAUAUCUUCAAAUUGGAAUUCGAGAAAGUGGUAAAACAACAAUCAUCCGUUACCUUAAUAAACCUGCAGGGAACAAAUGGGUCUUAUCUGCAGUUGAUAUUGGUAGAAUCAAUAAACCCUUCCAGAUUGUAAUCCAAGGACACAGAUCAUUCAGUGUUAAUGGCGAUAUUGCUGUUGAUGACGUCCAACUCAUCAACUGUAACUUCCCACCCGUAAAACCAUCCUGUCUGAGUUCACAGUUCCGCUGUCAGCGAGGUGCAUGUAUUCCAAAAACGAGUGUAUGUGAUUUCAGUGAUGAUUGUGGUGAUAACAGUGAUGAAUCGAGCAGCGUCUGUAAUUCCUAUACAGCACGGUGUAACUUUGAGGCUAGCCUGUGUGACUGGAGCCACUAUCUGUACACUGAGUCAUCGGCACCUAGGAAGCAGGGAGAUAAAGCCAGGCUUAUCAGCAGAACAUUCCAGGCAACCACAAGCUCUACUCAAACAUGCACUUUCCGAAUGUUCUACCAUAUGUGGGGUAAGAACAUAGGGUCACUGAAUGUGUACACAAGAAAUGCUGUUGGAGCUCCUUUGAAACAGAAAUGGCAGAAGAUAGGCCAAGUUGGAGACUUCUAUGAGAGGGUGGACAUCCAGAUGUUUGAAUCUCAGCCAUUCCAGGUUGUGAUUGAAGGUGUGAUAGGAAAUGGUUACCAAAGUGAUAUAGCCAUAGAUGAUAUUUCCAUGACAACAGGAUGUAAAUAUGCAACAGGUCCCUUGCCGACAGGAUCUCCUGCCCCACCUACCACUCCUAGUCCAUGUGGUACUGACUUUGCAUGUAAGAUUGGUGGGUGUGUCCCCAAGAGUCAGGUGUGUGACUUUGUCAAUCAGUGUACUGAUGGAUCAGAUGAGGCACAGUGUGGCACAUGCACAUUUGAGAAUGGUCAGUGCGGUUGGAGGGACGUGAGCUCCGGACGUUACAACUUCCAUCUCUUCAAUGGAUCUUCACCAGGAUCAGGAGGACCUAGAACGGAUCAUACAACCAACAAAGCGACAGGUCACUACAUUCUUGUAGAGGGAUCUACUGGGGCAUUCUACUCUAGGGCUCAUAUUGAGACCCCUGUACUUGGACCUACAGGCCCCAGCUGUCAGAUGCAGUUCUUCUAUCACAUGUAUGGAGUAAAUGCAGGAAAUAUGCGAGUUCGGGUACAAAAUGCUAACAAGACAACAGAUAGGACAUAUAUUUGGAGUAAGACUGGUAACCAGGGCAACUCAUGGAAGAAAGCUGUUGUUGAUAUAGGACAGCUCCCUGCUGGAUACAAGAUACAAUUCGAGGCCCUACCAAGCAGAUCAAUUUUAUCAGGCAUUCCUCAGUCAGAUAUGGCGUUUGAUGACGUAACCUUCAUCAACUGUGGUGCUACCACAGUAGACAGCAAUACAACUGUGAACUGCACAUUUGAGAAUGGAUUCUGUAAUUUCCGACAAGUUGCCACAGAUGAUUUUGAUUGGACAUGGACCAACACAAGUACACCAACAGUCGGCACUGGACCUGACAGAGACCAUACCACUGGAGCAGGAGCUUAUAUUUAUAUGGAAACAUCGUCGCCACGUCACAAGGGAGAGAGAGCUGUAAUCACCUCUGGAAUUCAACCAGCCACACUGUCCAGCGGCCAGUGUCUCUCCUUCUGGUACCACAUGUUUGGUGCCCAUGUCAGCACACUUAAUGUAUACCUGAAGACACAAGGUGGGAACCAGACAAUGAUUUGGUCAAGGUCACGCACACAAGGAAAUGUAUGGAGAAAUGGAUUGAGAACCAUUAAAAGCCCGGUACCAUAUGAGAUCCUGUUUGAAGGAAUUGUCGGAUACAGUUGGCAGGGUGAUAUUGCACUAGAUGACAUUUCACUGAACCAAGAAAAAUGCCCUCCACCAAGAACAUGUGAUUUUGAGGCAGACACUUGUGACUGGGUCCAGGAUACCACUGAUCAGUUUGACUGGUUACGGCACAGGAAUGGUACAGCUUCCAGAAAUACUGGACCAACAGUAGAUCACACCACAGCUAGUCCAGAUGGUUAUUACUUGUACAUUGAGUCAUCAUCACCUAGGAAGAUGUUUGACCUUGCCAGGAUCACCACCCCACAGUUCUCUAACAGUCAGGGAUCUAAUUGCCUCUCAUUCUGGUACCACAUGUAUGGUGCAAAUGUUGGGAAUCUCACUAUUUACCUACAAGAUGGCCCCACAAAGAAAAUGGUGUUCAAGCGACAAGGGAACCAAGUGAACCUGUGGAUGUACUCUGCCCUCACAUUGAGGCCAACCAGUGCCAAUUUUAAGGUGAUAUGGGAAGGCACUGUGGGUAAUGGUUAUCAAGGAGACAUUGCUAUUGAUGAUGUCAAGAUACUGCCUGGAAAAUGCCCACCCAUUGGAAACUGUAACUUUGAAUUAGACACUUGUGGCUGGACCAAUACUAAUGCCGACAAUUUUGACUGGUUGAGAAGUGCCGGUUCAACACUCACAAGAGGCUCAGGUCCUACAGUUGACCAUACAACAAACUCUGAUGCAGGAUUCUACAUGUUUAUAUCUGCCCUUGGAAGGAACGCAGGUCAGAGGGCCUGGCUUUACAGCCAGUACUUUGCACCUACCUCAGGAACAUGCAUGUCUUUCUGGUACUUCAUGUAUGGACAAAAUGUUGGUUCAUUGAGACUGUAUCAGCCAACAGCCAAGAAUACAUCUCUUCUCUGGCAGAUGUCUGGUAACCAAGGCAGCAGCUGGAGAAAUGCUCAAGUUACUAUAAAUAGCACCAAUAACUGGCAGGUGACUUUUGAUGGGCAGAUUGGCUCAGGUAUUCAAGGAGACAUUGCUAUUGAUGAUGUGAUAUUUACUCAGGGCAAAUGUACUGGUGUUAUACCAACAUUUUCUACAGCAACAUUCAGCACGCAGCCAACACCCACAUACCCACCAACUCCAUACGAUUGUUCCUUUGAGAAGUCACAACAACCAACUUGCAGCUGGACUCAGGAUAGCACAGACCAGUUUAAUUGGACACCUAAACAAGGCAGUACUGGAUCCCUCAACACUGGGCCAACAUUUGAUCACACUUUACAGAAUAGAAAUGGUCACUAUAUCUACAUCGAGGCAUCAGGACGUUCACCUAAUGAUACUGCUAGAAUCAUCAGCCAAAAUGUGAACCUAGGAACUGGUGGAAUGUGCUUGAAAUUCUGGUACCAUAUGUAUGGGUCAGAUGUAUACAUGUUAAAUGUAUAUGCCAGGCAAGCAGGUAGUUUGGGAAAACCACUAUGGACUAAAACAGGCACCCAAGGAAACAAAUGGGUAUUUACAGAUGUCUAUAUCACACCACAGACACUAAAUCCUCCGCAAACUAAUACAGUGAAUGUCAAUUUUGUGAUUGAAGGAGUUGUGGGAAAGAGUUACAAAGGAGAUAUUGCCAUUGAUGAUGUGUCUGUUAAUGAUGGAACAUGCCCACCUACAGAUGAUUGUGAUUUUGAAUCGAAGACAAUCUGUGGUUAUACCCAGGAUACGACAGACAAUUUUGAUUGGACUAGAGCUUUUGGUGCAACAGCAAGUUUAGGAACAGGACCUGUGAAAGAUCAUACUUACGGCACCUCAACUGGCUAUUACAUGUAUAUUGAAACAUCUGCUCCAAGACGUCAAGGAGACAAGGCCAGAUUAAUCAGUCCAUCAUACCAGCCCUCGACUGGCCGCUGCAUGACCUUCUUUUAUCACAUGCGUGGAAAAGGAAUGGGUACUUUGAAUGUAUACAGGAAACAGCAAAAUAGACUUGGCCCAGCAAUCUGGACAGCAUCAGGAGAUAAAGGAUUCCAGUGGAAUCCGGCACAAGUAAACAUCAACAGCAAUACGCCAUUCCAGAUUGUGUUUGAAGGUGUUCGGGGUACUACAAUCACAGGUGAUAUUGCAAUUGAUGAUUUGUUUAUCCGAGAUGGCCAGUGCAAGCAACCAGGAUACUGUGAUUUUGAAAACGACUUUUGUACUUGGACUAAUAUGAUAACUGUAGACGAUUUUGACUUUGUUCGGUUCAAAGGUUCAACUAGCAGUGCAAGUACUGGACCCACAUCAGAUCAUACACUUGGAACAUCUCAAGGUUAUUAUAUCUACAUUGAGUCUUCAUCUCCACGAAAGACUGGUGACAAAGCAAGGCUUAGGUCACAAUACUUUGGCCCUACCUCCUCCAGCUGUCUGAAUUUCUGGUAUAACAUGUAUGGAUCCAACAUUGGCAGUCUGAAUAUAUACACACAACAGAUCUUAGGUCAGAGUCCACUGAAUCGUAUCUUCACACUAUCUGGAGACCAACAACAGGGCUGGAAGCAAGGCUAUGCUGCAAUCUCUUCCAAAACACAAUUUUCAGUUAUUAUUGAAGGAGUUAUCGGGAACGGUUAUAAAGGUGAUAUUGCUCUCGAUGAUAUCUCUCUGACAGUUGGACCAUGCCCUCAGGCCACUGUGUCACCCCCUACAUUUAGCUGUGGAGGAACAGGAAGUACGCCAAUACCAGCAAAUAAAGUGUGUGACUUUAAACAGGAUUGUAGUAAUGGUGCGGACGAGGCUAACUGUGGAACAUGUAAUUUCGAUUCUUUGAAUUAUAAACUGUGCGGAAAUACAGACGUAAGUGCAGGUUCCUUCUAUUGGAGUCUUGACAGUGAUGGGACACCGACAAAUAAUACCGGUCCUCGUUUUGACCAUACCACUGGCAGUGUUGGAGGUUAUUAUUUGUACGUGGAUGCCACCCAGGGAAAGUCAAACGCCUUAGCCACACUUCAGACACCACUUCUCCAACAGGCGGCAUCAACCUGUCAGUUUACGUUCUGGUACCACAUGUAUGGCAGAAGCAUUGGACAACUCUCUGUCUCAAGCAAGGUAGGAGGACAGAUUACAAACAUCUGGACAUUAUCUGGCAAUCAAGGAAAUGCAUGGAAAAAGGGGUCAGUUGAUAUAGGACGCAUAAAUCAACCAUUCCAGUUACUUAUUCAAGCUAAGAGAAGUUACUCAGUUUUGGGAGAUAUAGCUAUUGACGACUUCAAGUUUACAAACUGUGCACCUCCACAACCGCAAGGGUCAUGCACUUCAAGCCAGUUUCAAUGCAGCAAUAAUGUGUGUAUUGAUAAGAAUCGUGUCUGUGACUAUACUGAUGAUUGUGGAGAUGGUAGUGAUGAGAGGAUAACACAGUGUACCCAGUAUUCUCGUUGUGAAUUCUCAAACUCUUUUUGUUUCUGGACUCAAGACAAAGGAGACCAAUUUGACUGGAGAAGAAAAGCAGGUAAAACUACUUCUGCUAAUACAGGCCCUACACGUGAUCAUACUACUGGACUUGUAACUGGGUAUUACAUAUACAUUGAAACUUCAGCCCCAAGGAAACAAGGGGAUGCAGCCAGACUGGUAUCUCCUGUAUACCAAGCAACAACUGUAACAUCUGCCUGUUAUUUCACUUUUUAUCACAACAUGUACGGCAGGACAAUGGGUAGCCUUAAUGUGUAUGCAAGACAACAGGACCUGUCAGUGACCAAACUUUGGAGUAAAUCUGGCUCACAGGCAAAUGUUUGGGUGAGAACAUCACUGCAGCUAAUUUACAAUCAGCCUUUCGAGAUAAUUGUUGAAGGUGUUCGAGGUUCUUCUUUCUACGGAGACAUAGGACUUGAUGACACAGUAUUUACAUCAGGGUGUAUCAGAUCAACAGCUCUUUUCCCACCACAGUUUAGUGUCCCCCCAUCUGGGGCAACAACACCAAGUCCAACAUGUGGUGGUGGACAAUUUCAGUGUCCAGCUAGUAAGUGUAUUCCAAUGUCAAGUGUUUGCGACUUCAAAAACGAUUGCUUCGACGGUUCUGAUGAGAUAAACUGCGGACCAUGUACAUUCGAAGUAGAUUCUUGUAAUUGGCGUGAUAUCAGUGCCGGACGUUAUUCAUGGACCAAGGCUCUAGCAGCUAACAACGUAGGUCCAACCAGUGAUAAUACCCUCCAUACCGGACUUGGUCAUUUUGCUUUAGUGAAAGGAUCAAACGGUGUCUUCUAUGACAAGGCAAUAUUUUCAAGUCCAGCACUCCCGAAGUCUUCCCCGACAUGUCAGAUGAGCUUUUAUUACAAUAUUUACGGAGCAAAUACUGGCUCCCUCUCGGUAACAGCUUAUAUCAAUGGUUCGGUAACUAAAUUAUGGAGUACAACCGGAUCUCAAGGGAGUAGAUGGAAUAAAGCAACCGUUUAUAUUGGACGCCAGUUUGGUAUGGUGGCAAAAGGCUAUCAUAUGAGAUUUGAGGCACUCCCAGUCAAAGGUUUUGCAGCUUCAAGGACCGCAGAUGUUGCUGUUGAUGACAUAAUGUUCCAGAACUGUAACCCUGGGACCCCACCACCGACAGUUACUUGUACUUUCGAUACAGACUUCUGUUCAUGGACCAAUGCUCUAAGUGACCAGUUUGAUUGGACUCGUAACAAUGGCAGCACCAAGUCAGUAGGCACCGGACCUCAUGGAGAUCAUACCUCUGGACAAGGGUCAUAUGUCUAUAUAGAAACUUCUGUCCCACGACAUAAAGGAGAUCAAGCACAGCUGUCAUCACCUGUACUCUCCCCAACCAGCGCUGCGGGAAGUUGUUUGUCGUUCUGGUAUCACAUGUUUGGGCCAAACAUCGGCACUUUGAAUUUAUACAUGCAGACUCAGUAUAAUAAGACACUUUUCUGGUCAAAAUCGUCGUCACAGGGUGAUGUAUGGAAGAAAGGACAAAGAACAUUGAUUUCAAGAAUAGACUACACCUUAAAUUUUGUUGGUAUUGUUGGUAAUGGUUACCAAGGAGACAUUGCAAUUGACGAUAUUUCGAUUUCAUCCAGUCCUUGCCCUCCAGAUCCUGCCUGUGAUUUUGAAACCAAUUUCUGCAGCUGGACACAGUCAAAAACAGACAAUUUUGAUUGGUUAAGAUCAAAAAAUGGUACAUCAUCAAGAAACACAGGACCUCCUUUUGAUCAUACCUUUGGUUCUGAUUCAGGUUAUUAUGCUUACAUUGAAACAUCCGCUCCAAGAAGAUCUGGAGACAGAGCUUCUUUGAUUAGUCCAGCUUUUACAAGUAUUGCUACACAGUGUUUUACUUUCUGGUACCAUAUGUAUGGAGCUACAAUUGGAAGACUUGUUAUCCACCAGAAUAAUCAAGGUGCCGUAACAUCCGUAAAGGAGAUCUGGCUCAGAAGUGGUGACCAUGGUAAUGUCUGGAGAAGGGGCAGAGUAACUGUUAAUUCGCAAGGAAAGCCAUAUACUUUGGAAAUUAUUGGCUAUAAAGGAAAUGGAUACACAGGAGACAUUGCUAUAGACGAUUUGGAAAUGAUUUCAGGAGCGUGUCCACCACAAGACUUCUGUGACUUUGAAAUGGACACUUGUCAGUGGACUAAUGCAUUAAGUACGGAUGACUUUGAUUGGCAAAGGGAUAAUGGAGGAACACCAAGCGCAAUAACAGGCCCAAAAGUUGAUCACACUCUCGGAAGUUCACAGGGUUACUAUAUGUUUAUUGAGACCUCUGGAACAAAUAGGAAGGCUGGCGAAAAAGCAUGGCUUAUCAGUGACUACCAAGAUCCUCAGACUGCUGCAUGUUUGUCAUUCUGGUAUCAUAUGUACGGUGCAGGCAUUGGGUCAUUAAAUGUCUAUACACAACUAACUAGGGGCACAGCUAAGACCCUUAAAUGGACAAGCAGUGGCAACCAUGGAAACGUUUGGAAAUAUGCUUUGGCAAAUGUUCCUAGCAGUAGCCAAUACACAAUCAUUAUUGAAGGUGUAAGAGGUGGAAAUUACACAGGAGAUAUUGCAAUUGAUGACGUACGCAUAUCCCACACGUCAUGCUCGAAAGUGACAGUAGCACCUACAAGACUUCCUGUUGGGUCUUCUCCAGCUACAUACCCACCCUCUCCGCUAGAUUGCACUUUUGAAAUAGGACUUUGCAACUGGGCCCAAGACAAGACAGACAAUUUCGAUUGGUCAACACAUACCGGAGCAACUGCAACAAGGAAAACCGGACCAACAGCAGACCACACCCUUCAAAAUAAUGCCGGUCACUACAUGUAUAUUGAAGUAUCUGGACAAGCUGCGAACCGUUCCGCCAGACUGAUAAGCUCAAGUCAGAACAUUGGUGCCGGCGGUCUAUGUUUCAAGUUUUGGUAUAACAUGUAUGGUGCAAAUGUGAAUACUCUUAAUAUUUAUGCACAGAAGGGCACACAAAAAACCCUUCUUUGGACUAAGUCUGGCAACAGAGGGCUAGGAUGGAACUAUGGACAGACGUACGUUAGUCAACCAGGACAGACACAGAUCGUUAUCGAAGGGUUAGCAGGUACUAGAUUUGAUGGCGAUAUUGCAAUUGAUGACCUAAGUUCUAACACUGGAUACUGUCCUCCGCUAACAACAUGCGACUUUGAAGAAGGUUUUUGUGGCUUUGCUCAAGAUACUACCGAUCAGUUUGAUUGGUCGCGUCAUUCUGGAUAUACUGGAACAUCAGGAACCGGUCCUAGCACAGAUCACACUGAAGGAACCAGCACUGGGCACUAUAUUUACAUAGAGUCAUCAUCUCCUCAGCAUCCUGGAGACAAAGCAAGGAUUGAUAGUCCAGUUUAUAAUCCAACAUCUGGUUCUUGUCUCACCUUCUGGUACAGUAUGAAUGGAAACCAGAUUGGUUCUUUGAAUGUUUACAAAAAGGUACGAUCUAAUAGAGGACAAGCUAUCUGGACAUUAUCUGGGAACCAGGGAAUUAAAUGGCGCAAAGCUCAAGUGUCCAUUUCUAGCACAACAACAUACCAGGUUACUUUCGAAGGUGUGAUCGGGUCAGGUUACCAUAGCGACAUUGCUAUUGAUGACAUAAAUCUUUCUGCAGGACUAUGUCCGUCUCCAGGAUCUUGUAACUUUGAGACUGAUCUCUGUGACUGGGUAAAUGCAAACGGUGGCGACAACUUUGAUUGGGAAAGAACACAAGGUAGCACAGUAAGUGCUGGUACCGGACCAAGUGUUGAUCAUACUUUAAAAACUGCUUACGGAACAUACUUGUACAUUGAAGCAUCUGCACCUCGGAAACCAGGAGAUAAGGCGUGGUUAGUGUCCAGCACUUACGCUAACAAUACAGCCUUGUGCGUCUCAUUUUGGUACAAUAUGAACGGAGUCGGAAUGGGAACUCUUAAUGUAAACGUUUGGCCGUAUAACACUGGAUUAAAUCAAACAAACAUUUGGAAAAAAACUGGAAAUCAAGGUCCAAAUUGGAUACAAGACCAAGUUCAAGUCAUUGACCCAGGUGUAAAUUAUAGAAUUGUAUUUGAGGCCAUAAGAGGAAGUUCUUAUAAUUCUGACAUAGCUAUUGACGAUAUUGUUGUACUUCCUGGCAAUUGUAAUGGCCAACAGAUCACCACAGCAAAUCCUUGUGCUGUUUCGUGUGGUGGCAAGUGCGUAAGUAGUAAUAAGGUCUGUGACCUUGUUGCUGACUGUUAUGAUGGAAGUGAUGAAAAGCCUUGCGGUUAUAACUGUAACUUUGAAAAUGGUACUUGUAAGUGGUCAAGUCUUAAUAAUACACGUUUCCAGUGGAAAAUGGGAAAUGGUGGUACUCCAACUGAUGACACAGGACCUCUGAUUGAUCAUACUACUUUGGGACCAAAUGGGCAUUAUAUGUAUGUUGAUGCAGCAAAGGGCACGGCAUUUGCUACAGCUCAGUAUGUAAGUCCACAGCUUAAACAGGCUUCUGCUACUUGUGAAAUGGUAUUCUACUAUCAUAUGUACGGUGCAAAUGUCGGAUCAUUGACUGUCCAGAUUCAACAAGGUUACUCUAAAACUCAAGUAUUCUUCCUAACUGGUGAUCAGAAGAAUGUGUGGAGAAAAGGAACUGUGAAUAUUGGACGAAUUCGAAACAGUUUCAAUGUUAUUAUCUCCGCCAAAAGAUCAUAUGCUACUAGAGGGGACAUUUCAAUUGAUGACAUACAUUUCCAAAACUGUGGUUACCCCGUAACACAACCAAAAUGCACUGCAAAUCAGUUUAGAUGUGGCACUGGGAUUUGUAUCGGUAAUUCAAGAGUGUGUGACAUCACAGACGACUGUGGCGAUCGUUCAGAUGAAAAGAACUGUUCUGGCUUAAAUUACCGUAAAUGUACUUUUGAACAAGGUUUUUGUUUCUUCACCCAAGACAAACGCGAUGAUUUUGAUUGGACACGUCAUGCAGGCCAAACAAACACAUUGGCAACUGGACCCUCUAGAGACCACACUCUAAACAGAGCUAGUGGGCACUAUCUGUAUAUUGAGACAUCAACGCCUAGAAAGCCUGGUCAGAAGGCAAGACUUGUAAGUCCGUUCAUCUCGGCGACAUCAAAAUCACCAUACUGUAUAAUGAGGUUUUAUUACGAAAUGUAUGGCGCAGACGUUGCUACUUUAAUGAUAUAUUAUAGAACUGAAGUCAAUGGACAACUUACUAGAUUAUGGGGAAGACGCGGUCCGGUGGGAGACUACUUUGCGAGAAGUGAGGUCUCCAUAUACAAUAGCAAACCAGUGCAAAUUGUUAUCGAGGCAACAGUGGGUACAAGCUACCACGGAGAUAUUGCUAUAGAUGACGUCAGUUUUACACCAGCUUGUAAAAUAUUUUCGGGACCGGUACCUACAGACAUAGUGCCACAUCCAACGCCUCCGAACCCAUGUGGUGCAGGAAAGCAACCGUGCGCAAACAAACUGCAGUGUGUGCCUAUUUCCAAUGUAUGUGACUUCAUAAACUAUUGCUCAGAUGGAUCUGACGAAUCAAACUGUGGUCAGUGUAAUUUUGAGAAUGGUCUCUGUGGCUGGCAGGACAUGAGUUCGGGACAAUAUGCUUGGGAAAGACACAAUGGCACUACACCGUCGCCUGUUUCGGGACCUACCACAGAUCACACAUAUGGCAGCAGUAAAGUUGGAAAUUACAUGUUUAUUGAUGCAGGGAAGGGAACCUUCUUAGGAAAUGCUGAUUUAGUUUCUCCAGUGUAUGGACGUCUUGCAUCAACUUGUGAAAUUCAGUUUGCCUACCACAAGAAGGGAGAUCUAGGGGGAUUCCUUAGACUAUAUUUAAUUCCACCAAAUAUACAACCCACAAAUCCUGUGGGACGAAUUCUAUUAUGGUCUGCCAACCAGCCGAAUAAUAAUUGGCAAGUUGCUCAUGUGAAACUUCAGUCAAGAGCCCCAGGUUACCGGCUUGUUUUUGAAGCUAUCAAGCAUCUACAGACAGGAGAUAUGGCUAUUGAUGACGUCCAGUUCAACAAUUGUGCCGUAACAGCAGGAACAGGAACUUGUAAAUCUAAUCAGUUCACGUGUGCCAGAGGAUCAUGUAUAGAUAACAAUCUUGUUUGUGAUUGGUCAAAUGACUGCAGUGACAAUUCAGAUGAAAAAGCUUGUUCUAAGUAUACUGAGAGAUGUAAUUUUGAGACUGAUAUUUGUAACUGGGUACAAGUGAGUGGUGAUGACUUCAAUUGGUCCUGGCAGUCUGGUGGAACAUCAACCGUAGGGACAGGUCCAAGAUUGGACCACACAUACGGGAAUCUUACAGGACACUACAUCUUUAUCGAAACAUCAUCACCGAGGAAAAAUGGUGACAAGGCAAUGCUCUACAGCCCGGUUUUCCAAACAAGUAAUUCAGGUCGGUGCCGAAUGAGAUUUUUCUACCAUAUGUAUGGCGUAAAUGUAAAUGCUUUGAAUAUCUAUACAGAGCAGUUUGAAAUGGGGCCAAUGGUCAUUGCUUGGAAUAUGACAGGCCAACAGGGUGAUUCAUGGACAAGAGCUGAUGUACCCCUCACAAGUGAAGCUCCAUUCAGAGUUCUCAUUGAGGGUAUUGUUGGCAAUGGCUACAAAGGUGAUAUUGGAAUUGACGACAUCUCAUUUACUCCUGACUGUCACAUUAUAUCCGCAGAAGCCACCCUUCCUGUUGCUCUCACAACACCAUCCGUCUGUGGUGCAGGUAAAAGACCAUGUAAAAGCGGAAAAUGUCUGCCUUCAAGUGCCUUCUGUAACUUCCGGUCAGAUUGUGAUGACGGCUCAGAUGAAAGUCAGUGUCCAGUACUUACUAACUUCGAAGAUGGAACAUUCCAGUAUUGGCAAAAUGAUGUAAAGAACAACUUUAACUGGACUGUAAACUCAAACGGCAACCCUACUCAGAACACUGGUCCUUCACAAGAUCAUACUACAUCGACGUCUUCAGGAAAAUUUGCCGUGACAACCGGUCAGGUAACAUCAGUCUCUAGAUACGUUUCACGGCUUGUUAGUCCAAUGUAUAACCAAGCUGGAAAAACUUGCAAUUUUACGUUUUGGUACAAUGUUCACGGAAAUGAAUUUUCAAACAUAAAUGUAUAUCUUAGGAAAUUGCGCUUGAUUAAGUUGUGGAGUGUAUCCGGUAAUAAAAUGACUUCCAGUCAAGACUCUUGGCAGUUUGCCCAGGUGUCCUUACCUACAUGUGCCGCAUUCUUUCAAAUCAUCAUAGAGACAACAUCAUUCGGUGCAUACGGUAACAAGCAAGGCUUUGUUGCAAUAGAUGACCUGCAGUUUAAAAACUGUGAAUACCCCGCACCUACUGCUAGCAGUUGCAUGAUGGGUCAGUAUACCUGCGCUAGUGGCCAUUGUGUACCGGAAACACAGAAAUGUGACUUCCAGCCAGACUGCUGUGAUGGAAGUGACGAAAAUAGGGCGACAUGCUCCGGAUACAAUAUGUGUGACUUUGAAUUUGGCCUUUGUGGUUGGCAACAGUUAACAAAUGAUCAGUUUAAUUGGCAAAGACAUCGCGGCCCAACAUCUUCUUAUGGCACCGGACCGUCAGCAGACCAUACCACUGGUACAGACAGUGGAUAUUACCUAUACAUAGAAUCAUCUCAGCCUAGAAAACAAGGCGAUAUAGCUAGAAUUUCAUUCAGCUUACAGAAGCCAGUUGGAGUUUGUGCAAUGAGAUUUUGGUAUCAUAUGUAUGGCACUGACGUUGGAAAUCUCAAUGUGUACAUGUUUUCUCUAAAUACCGGUUUGGUAUUUAUGUCGGGUGUAAAUGGAACACAAGGAAAUCAGUGGAUAAGACAGUCGGUCACUUUUAAUGCCGUGACAUCUUUCCAGGUCAUCAUAGAAGGCAAAAUUGGUGUUGGUUACAAUGGUGAUAUUGCUAUAGAUGAUUUAUCUUUUACACCAGGGUGUGGAGCACCAACUUCUGCCGCUCCACCAACCUUCCAGACUCCAUCACACCUACCAGGAUCAACACCGAAACCUUGUCCAGUUGGGCAGUAUACUUGCAACAGUGGUCAGUGCAUCGCAGUAACUAAUGCUUGCAAUGGAAUCAACGACUGCUCAGAUGGUUCUGACGAAUCUCGAUGUCCGCAACCAUGUUCUUUCGAAAGUGACCAAUGUGGUUGGACUGAAGUUGUAAUGGAUGGAUUUGAUUGGAGAAGGUCUAGUGGGGCACUUGCAAGUGCAGCUGGUAUGAUGAAAUUUGCUCCAACCAUUGACAACACGCGCAAAACAAUGAACGGAUUCUUCAUGUAUGUGCAAGACACAACAAAUGGACAGACUCAGGGUAAACUUGCACAGCUGACAAGCCCCAUUCUCUAUUCAGCCAGUCAGGAAUGUAAGAUACAGUUUGCAUACUACCUCAAUGGACAGGACGUUGGUCAGAUGUUCUUAAGAGUUCAAGAAGCUGGUUCCGAUCCAGUACCUCUUUGGCACAGACUUGGUAUUAGUGGUGUAGCCUGGAAAACUGUGACCGUCGGACUUGGCAAACAUGUAGGAUCGUUUAACGUUGCAUUUCAGAAGACAUCAGGAGCCUAUAAAGGACAGUCUGCAAUUGAUGAUAUCAGGUUCCUUGACUGUGUCCCACCAAAACCCCAAGCACAAUGUUCCGGAAGCCAAUUCACAUGUGCAAAUAAAGCAUGUGUCGGGAUACAUAUGAAGUGCGACAUGAAUAAUGACUGUGGUGAUAAUUCUGAUGAAGUCAGUUGCAACGGCUACAGACAGAUGAACUUUGAAAAUGACCUUGGGGAUAUCACGCAACCAACUGAAGACGAAUUUGAUUGGAUAAUGUCAUCUUCAAACAGAAACAUAUCAUUUUUCCCAGGACCUCCGUUUGAUCAUACAACAGAGACUAGUUCAGGAAAGUAUCUAUAUAUAGAUGCUACAAAUCACGUUUAUGGCAGCAGGGCGUGGCUCCUAGCUGGCACAUUCCAGUCUACAGCGCAAAACGAUUGUAAAAUGAUAUUCUACUUGUAUAUGUAUGGGCUAAAUGUAAACACCUUGAAUGUGUAUUACAGAGUGUACAAUUCUGGUGCCCCGACUAAAUCUCUAUACACUGUUACUGGAGAACAAGGUGCUUAUUGGCAGAGAAUUAGUGUUCCUCUUAGGAUUUCACAACCCUUCCAAGUAAUAAUAGAAGCUCAGGCAGGAAACCUUGACCUUGGCGGUGUAGCUAUCGAUGACUUAUCAUUUUCUCCUGGAUGCGGAGCCCCUACCUCGGCACAACUUCCAACUCCUCCAACAACCAUAACAACGCCUUCAACAGUAUCUACAACAGUGGCCGGAAGUAAUUGUACCAAUGGCCAGUUCACCUGCAGAAGCGACCUCAAGUGCAUUGAUGCGAUAAAUGCCUGUGAUUUCAAUAAUGACUGUGCUGACGGCAGUGAUGAGAAGGACUGCGUGAGCGUAACCUGUGGUUUUGAAGAUGGACAAACAUGUGGGUGGUCAAUUGGACAUGCUGAUGCACCCAAUCCAGAUGAGUCAUUUACAUGGCAGUUAGGACAAGCUCAGACCUUCAUGAACUCGCAGUAUAGCCCCAAGAGUGAUGCGUCACAGAGAAUGCCAACAGGAUGGUAUGCCUUCGCUACAAGCUCAAAGGGAUCUUUCCACGAUACAACAAGUUUGUAUACGCCUAUAAUUGGGCGCACAGGCCCACAGUGUAAGCUUCAGUUCUUUUACUAUAUGGAUGGACCAUCCGUCGAUUCACUCAUAGUAUACGUUUCUACUCACGAUGGAAAUACACAGCUUUGGGAGACAACUGGAGGAAAGGGUCAGCUUUGGCAACCUGCAGUAGUCUUCGUCGGUGCUAGGCAGAAAUUUGCUAUAGGCAUUCAGGCUAGACGUGGUGGAAUGUUCAGUGGUGGGAUCUCGGUGGAUAAAGUACAAUUUGUCGAUUGCAAGCCACCAGUAGUACAGCCAACAUGCAACAGCAACCAAUUUGCAUGCAGAAAUAAAUACUGUAUUGAUCCUCAGCUUCAAUGUAACUACGCUGAUGACUGUGGGGACAGAUCAGAUGAAAACACAAAACUGUGUGACAUUACAUACAAGGGCAGGUGCUCCUUCACAAAUGAAAUAUGCAGCUUCUGGAAAAAUGCUUUAGAUGACCAGUUUGACUGGACAUUGGCCAAGGGCUCCACACCUACUCUUGGAACAGGACCAAGUGUUGACCACACAUCACACACAGAAGCAGGUGGAUAUUUAUACAUAGACGGGUCUGCACCAAGGAAACCUGGUGAUUAUGCAAGGUUGACGUCACCAACUAUCAGUGGUUUAUCAAAGAACUGCGCUCUUCGACUGUGGUACCAUAUGUGGGGAAAUGAGCUAGGCACACUGACUGUAUCCAAGAGGGUGUCAUACUUGCAGCCUAUUCGAGGCCUGAGUGACCUUUCUUCUAUUCAAGGCGAUCACGGUGAUGUCUGGAAACUUGCAACUUUUGUCAUGGACACCCCUACCGAGAAUGUAGAUUUCCAGAUUGUGAUACAAGGAAGUGUUGGUAGUGGUGUACACAAUAACAUUGCUAUAGAUGAUAUCUCACUGACUCCUGGAUGCCAGAUCGGAGGCCAUGUACCUGGACAGCCAACACCACCCAGCACAACGGUCGGAUCCUGUGGACCUGGUCAACUGCAAUGUAACAACAAAAAUAAAUGUUACUCAUUCAAGGAGCAGUGCGACUUUAUUGAUGCUUGUGGCGACAAUUCUGAUGAAGCAAGUUGUGGAACAUCAUGUGAGUUUGAGACCAAUAAUAUGUGCGGAUGGAAGAAUUCUGGUCGUGACAAUGCAAACUUCAAACUCAUAGCAGCUGGCAGUUCGCCAGGACCAAAGACUGACCAUACUGUUAGCAAUGCAAAUGGUCACUACAUUUAUGUACAGAACGGUCAAAACCCUAUAGGGUAUGCCGCCUUGUUGGAAUCUAGCAUGUAUUUCUCAUCUGGUCCAUCAUGCCAGAUGACAUUCUGGUACAAUGCAUUUGGCUCCAUAGGCUCCGUCAUCCAGGUUGUGUUGAAAACUAAACAGGCACAAGGUGUUCGACUGUACUCCGUCACCACCAACAGUUCCAAUACUUGGCAGAGGGCACAGUUUAAAGUUGGUUCCUUCCAGACGUUCUCCUUUAUGAUAGAAGUUGUCUUCCCGAGAAAUGCUCAGGGUCAUAUUGUAGCAAUUGAUGAUAUCAACUUUUCAAAGUGUACUCCAAGUAUAGUCGGUAAUUGUACUGGUAGCCAGUUCCUAUGCUCCAAUCAUCAACAGUGUAUACCAAGGAACAGACGUUGUGACAAAACAGUUGACUGUAAUGACGGAUCGGAUGAGGACGGCUGUGUUCCAAAUGCUGGAGAUUGUAAUUUUGAUGCGCAAAAUUGGAAGUCUCUAUGUGGGUGGACUCAGAGGUUGGACGACGAUGCUGAUUGGAUGCAGGCUACCUACCGACAAAAUAUUGGGACUGGAGCUGACGCAGAUCAUCAGGGCACCCAAAAUGGACAAUUUCUCACAAUAAACAGUGGCAACAUGCGUCCAGGAGAUAUUGCGGACGUACAGACUCCAUUUUUCCCAAGCAGCACAGGUGUCUGCUACGUUCGUUUCUACUACUACAUGUUUGGCUCUGACAAUAUAGGUCCUCUGAGGGUAUAUACAUACAACAUCAACAACCAGAAGAACUUGAUGUGGUCUAUCAGCGGGAACAAAGGACAGAGCUGGCAGUAUGCCAAUGUUUUGAUUGGUGACAAUGCUAAUUUCAGUGUGAUUUUUGAAGCUACAGCCGGUGACAAGGCUAAAUCAGAUAUUGCUAUAGAUGACGUCACUUUCACACCUGAAUGCAAAACUGGUCUACCACCUGUAAAACUAACAAGACCAAAGUGCAAUGCUCAGACAGAGUUCUACUGCACCCCUCGCAAAGAAUGUUUGCCUAAAACGUGGCAGUGUGACGGAAUAUGGGACUGUCCUGAUGGGUCCGACGAGGGAUCACAGUGUCCGACAACUACUGCUAAAUCUUUACCGUCUGGUGUUACAAGACCUUCAACAACAAAAGGGUCAACAACAUUGAGGACUGUACCUCCCAAGACGUCAGUUAUAACACCUAGAGUAAACAACUGUCCACAUGGACAAUUCCAGUGCGGAUCCUCACAGUGUAUACCUGCUAUACUACAUUGUGACGGAGUACCAGACUGUGCUGAUCAAACUGAUGAAGGAAGUGAUUGCAAAAAAUGCAGAGUAGACUUUUACUACUGUACGAAACAGAGAAAGUGUAUAACUAAUGUAACACGUUGUGAUGGGUCGGACGACUGUGGGGACGGUACUGACGAGAGUUUAUGUACUCCAUCAUGCGGCGAUCCUAUGUUCAGUUGUCAGAACGGAGGCACGUGUAUAACCGGAAGUAGUCCACCAAUGUGCUCAUGUACAACCGGAUAUCAGGGAAAUAGAUGCCAGUUUAAAUCACCAAAUGCUUUACAAUCGUCACAGCCAAACAAAAGUUCCGGAGGCUGGAAGGUUGGUGUUGGAGCGACCUUUGGUGUUGUUGGCCUUAUAGUUAUCGUUGUUGGUUCGUUCUUCAUGCUCAAAAAGUACAAACCUGAUGUAAGCCUUCCAAGCCUAUCAUCAUUCCGUAGAGGACGAGCACCUGAGGGCGGACUGACUAACCCGGUAUAUGACGGCUAUGGAGCUGCUGAGACUGAUUUCCAAAUGAGCGAUAUAGACAAUGGUAACUUUGGAAUGCAAUCCACUUCGAUAGAGAACCCAUUGUACUCGGACGCUUAAUUCAUACGGACAUGACAAAAUACCCAACAGAAAUGACACAACAUAACAGUAUAGACAUGAGUUACUAAACACAAAUUUUAAUUCUUAAUGUUAUUCCAGAAAGUGACAAUGUGCAAUAAUUAUUCAAAAUGUGCAAUAAAUACAUUAUUUCCAACCCCAGUGCAAUACAAAGAAUACUGUGAUAGCUACUUAUCUUUAUUUUUAUUACCUGUUUACAUAUGCAAAAUUUUCACAUAUCGAAUUGUAUACUGUACUUAUUAUUACAUUGUUAUUGUAUAAUCAGAGAAACAUACAUCUGUGCUGUUUUAAAUUGGAAUUGUUGCUCAAAUCAUCUUUUUUUUUCUUGUUAAAAAUGUUAUUGUUACUGACUGCCGUUAUGUUAACAGACUUUAUUAAAAUAAAAUAUCAAAAUUA